GUUUAGGAACGAGACGGUGAUGCUUUUUGUGGACUUUUGAGAGUUUUUUGAUCUGAAGAAUUGUAUUGGUUGAUUAUGUCUUUGUAUAAGACUAAGCUUUGUAUUCUGUACGAGAAGAAUGGUGACUGCUCGAAGCCUAAUUGCACUUUCGCUCAUGGAGUUGCUGAGCUCCGUCUUCCUGGUGAAUCUUCUUCAUUCAGAGAAAGAUAGCAGUAGUAUUAUUUAUAGGAGUGGAUUCUUCUUCUGGUCGUUCUUGCUCAAUUUUAUAUUGGUUUUCUUUAUUGAAAGUACAUUCUUUUUGAAGAUAACCAUCAGUUAUGGAAUUUUUUGGGGGGGUAUUUAUUCUGCCACAAUCAUGGUUCUCUGGCUCCAAGAUUUGGUGGCCAAUCAGUGAAUGUUAUUAGGACACUUCUGCCAUUUCUCAUGCUGCCAGUUGUGUGUUUGGGUAUUCCUUGUUCUUGGCUUCUUUGAUUCUGAGGUGUACAGAGUCUACAGAGCAUGACAUUCCCAUUGAUUCUUGUAUAUUCAAUCGCCUCACAAGCAGUUUCUGGGACGAACAAGUAUGCAUUGUCUCUAGGAAUUGAAUUUCUAGUUUUGGUGGAUUGUGGUUUUCUUAUUGAAUGGAUCUUCAAGGAUUUUCUCUCGUCCAACAUGAUGCUGAAGCAUUAUCCUUUUCUGUGUAAUUGAAUGCAUCUUCAAGAUUGGUUGUUAUUUAUGGAUGAGAUACAGUGACUUUCAUUUCUUUAGUGCCCAUUUGUGGCUUUCUUCCACUCCUGGCAGACGUCACAAUCUUGAUGGUGACUUAAGAGAUAAACUUGGUAGACACUUUUCUCCAGAGCGGAGACCUUCUUUGGACAGAAGUGGAAGAAGAGUACAAAGAUUUAAUGGACAUGAAAAUCCCAGGUCCUUUGAGAAGCGAAGAGAUGUAGACUACAGGGAGAACCGCAGAUUUGAUGAACGAAGUGAUUAUGCUGGUGGUUUGAAAUCUGGAAGUAGGAUUGAAGUCAGGGAAAGAGAUGAAAGAAAUAAGUUUCUGGGCUACAAUAAUGUUCUGGAAGAGCAGUUAAAAGAUGUAGAGCUGGAUGUUAAGAUGCUAACUGAUAACAAAUUACGAUUGGAGGCUGCUGUUGAAAGGAAGGCACGGGAAGCAGACAUUCUUACUUCAAGGAUCCAGGAGCUUAGGACCCAGUUGGAUAGAGAGAAAGAGGAAUGUAAGAGGAUUACUUCAAGCACGAAGAAAUUUGUGAAAGAAUAUAAUCGUUUCUUGCGGGCACAAGAUGAUGUAAAGAGGUCAGAAGCUCGUCUUCAGAAGUUGGGAACCCAACUGAGUACGUAUCUUCUUGGAAAUGAAGGCAAUGACAGGGAAACAGACAUCGAGAUUGUGAGCGAUGAAGAGAAAAAUGGUCGGAAUCUGAGAAGUGCUUCUGAUUUGCAAAAUGAGCUGCACAAUACUUCUUCAGUGUCCAGGAAAAGACAUUAUGUGGAACAACAGUAUACUACCAAAGAAUCUGUUCAAGAUGCCUUGAGAGGAAGAGGUGAAGAAGAUAAGUUGGAGAAUGGGAAGAGUCCUUCUCGUUGGAAUAGGGUUCCUUCGAAAUCAUUUUCCGAAGAGGAAAGUAGAGUGCGGAACGAGGAAGACGCAAUGAACAAGUCCUCAUCGAAGGAAGACACUUGGAAAAGAAGAAGGCUUUCUUCUGGCACCUCAUCUAGCAAUAAGGUAAUGUCGUCUACGAGCAUGGCAGCUCGGGUAUCUGAUGAAGUGGCAGAGUUUGAUGAAGAAAAUACUCGAGCAGCCAAAGGCUCUCCCCUCAUAUCUCUUCCUCCACCCCCACCUUUCAGAGAUGCCCAUUUUCAUGGAGACGAGGAGGAGGCCAAAGUCGAUGUGAAUGAACAGAGGAAAGCUGAUGACGUUGACUCCGUCUGAUCUUCAUGUGAAUCCAUAACCGCUAAACUAUCUAGACAGAAAGUAUGUUCUUUAAUUAAUAGUAUAUGCUAGGGAAGCCUUACAUUUUGUUCUGUGCAAUACUUUAAAACAAAGUUUAGAAUCGGUACAUGAUUAUCUUUAAAUAUAUUUAACCUUCGUUAAUGGAGAAGGAUUAUUACAUAAAUAAGAAUUUUUGUUUUUGUGA